AUGGAUCCGACGGCCCCUGAGACGUUGGUUGUUGAGGAUGAGGUUGUGGAGGAAGUGUCGUCGUCAGCGUCUUCCGGAAGCGAUGUAGACGACGGCGUCUCGGUGGCGUCUGAGGAGUUGGAGGAGAGCAUAGAGGAGCAUUUGGCGUUGCGGCCGAAGGGGUUACGGACGGAGCAGGUGCUUGCAUGGUGGUACGCGGCACUGCAGCCGGUGUGUCGCGACAUUAGUGAUGAGUUGGGAGGGAACGAGUGUGCGUUAAUUUCAGCGGAAGGUCUGUUGUUACGUUUUUGUUGCGGUCGUGAGUUCGAAGCUGACUUUUUGACUAGGCCGAGAUUCAUUGAAGUUGUUGUGCAGGUGGAGCAGUUCCUGGCCCGUCUGUAUGAGGUGGGCAUCUCCCAUUAUACCCUUGUGUUCUUUGACUGCCUUAAGGCAACGCUUCUGAAAUCGCACCCGCUACUUUGGGUCUUGCGCGAGACGCUUUUACUUCACUGCGCUGCCAAUGCAGCCACCAUUCCUUACUGCCGUUUCCAGUCCUGGUACUGCCCAGCCUACGACGACUUCAUCACACACCAGCAACCCUUCAUCAUGGUUGUCGAGGACGGCGCCCACACCAGUCUUGCCGAGUCGGAAAUCUACGCGGCUCUCGCCCAACAUGACGAUAAAGAGGAGGAGGAUGGCGAUGAGGAUGGAGAGGAGGAGGGCGGUAGCUCUAAGGGCGGUAGCUCUAAGGGCGGUAGCUCUAAGGGCGGUAGCUCCAAGUCAGGCAACAGGGCCCCGGGUGAACACGGCUUCUCAAUGUUGUACUUGUUGAUGCUGAACGCAGUUGGACGGCAGAUCUCAGUGUGUUGUCUGCACAACUUGCACAUCGUCACACGUCGUGUGAAAGCAUGGUCGCUAAGUUACAACUCCUACUCCGCGGGUCUGGAGGCGGAAGUAAAGGAGGCGGCGAUGAACGAAAAUAUUCUGGAAGAGUUGGAAGAGUUCAUUGAGACGAAGCCGACUAAGUGUGCGGAUGUGAGUGCCACGGACUUUAGACGGGCGCUGUAUUCCAUGGCAGCCAAGGACUUGUUGACGACCGGCGAGGAGGAGGAGGACCGGUGGACCGUGUUCUGGUUUAAGUGCCUAUUCCUGGCGGACCUGGUCGCCAAAGCCACGACGCUGCAAGACCGUCGCUGCGAAUUGCCGCCGCUACCCGUAGACAUGUACGCCACCGGUUCGGAGUUCUUCGGACUGCACCUUCAGCACUACCUCGAGGAAAUGGUCAAACCCGCAAACGGGAACCAGGUACAGCCGAUUUUCAGCGCGGACUCGAUUGCCGCUCGUGAGUGUGUCGAUCUAUAUGACGAACUGACUGUACGACGUCUCGUCUACAUGCUCGUGGCACUAUGGCAGAAAAAGACACAACCCAUGACGGCGGAGAUACUCGGCAUCGAUCCCGCCGCGGCUGCGGAGCUGGACGCCCUCUGGACGACGUUGCAGUCCACGUCCUUCUUCCCUAUUACACUUCAGGGUCUGGAGGAUUUGGUCGCUGAGAUCCCGGCCCACGAAUUGUUCGGACAGGCUUUGACUGGUGAAGGGGGUGCUGGUGAGGAGGUGGUCGUGGCUAAGCCGUCGGUGGUCAAUGUGACGAACGACUUUUUGAUCCAGAUGAUGCGGAAGGUAGUGCCGGGUACGUAUGAGACCGAUGGGGAGUACUUGGGCAAGCAGUUGGUGAAGCGUUUCAAGGAAUCGUUGGGUGAGUCGGGGCCGCCGGAUUUGGGAUCUGUCGAGUCGAAGGAGUUUACACGUUUCCGCACGGGCGUGUGCCCUGACCGGUAUGAUUUUGCUUCGGUGAUGGCGGACGCGGCGGCGACUAAGGGCCCGAAGCAGUUGCCCAAGUGGCUGACUCGUAUUCCGCCGGAGCGAUUCGAACGCGCGUUUAAGAGAUGGGAACUUCGUUGUCAGCAGGACGACCAGGUGUUCGCUCGUAACAUCAACAAGUACAUGGGAUAUCUGGACAAGCUGCAUCGGCCGAUCGUCUUGAUUGGCGGCAAGUGCACCAGCGACCACCCGUGGUACAAGGAGCGGAAAACGGCGGACGAUGAAGCGGUGGCGGUGAAGCCGAAGAAGGCGGAGAAGAAGAUCAGUAACAAAGCAGCAGCAAUCAUCUCGAAAAAUAAAGAGGCUAAGGAAGAGAAGAUCAAGAAGAAGGACAACGAUGGUUACGAGCAGAUGAUUGCGCACAUGGAUCACGCCUUUCGUAAGAAAAUCGAGAACCCUGCUUCCUUCCAGGGCGCGCUCUUGGAGCUCUUGGUUGGCAACAGGAACGCUUUGGACACGACAGUGCUGGAGGAUUUCCCGGCAGUUAACAAGGCGAUUGCCUUACCCGAGAACCGUCUGGAGUUCCUGAGCCGCAUCGCAAUAAAUUUGGUUGAACCUUUAGAGCAUACAUGGCGGAUACGGAACAUCCAGCAGAAGAAUCAGGAACAGGGCAUCCUCAAGUUGAUUGGUGUAAUUUUCCGCUUCGUCCAAGUGAGCACGGACAAGUAUUUGAGUAUCAUGGGUCCCGAUCACAUCAAGGUAUUCCAGACUUUACUGAUGAUUCUGGGAUUCGCUAACUCCGCUGGUGUCUUGUUCGAUUCGUGGGCUAGGAAGCAGUGGGAAUUGAAGAAUAGCAAGGGUGAGAGCGCGAUGCCCGCACCAGUCGUAGAAGAGAAGAAGAAAAAGAAGAGUGCGAAGCCGGGUGCCGGUCAAGGUAGUAAGGGUGGCUCGAAAGCAACGGAUAGUCAGGUAAAGAGUCGAGCGGAUGAUGAGCGUCAGCGCGCUUCAUACCUGAAGAAGUUGGAACAGCAUCGAGUAAAACGAUGCACGAAAAGUUUCGACUUCGCGAUCCAACCACAUAUCGAGAUGACUUUCCAGAUGCAAUAUUUGGGAGCGGAUAUGACACGUUCAUUGGGCUCUGUUGCGGAUCCACGUGUGCCUUUUAUUCCCGAUGGUUGGCAGAAGAGAUUGUUAGACGCAGUGGACACACAGGAAAGUGCUUUGGUUGUGGCUCCGACUUCUUCGGGUAAGACGUUCAUUUGUUAUUACGCCAUGGACCAAGCGUUGAGGUUCGAUAACGAGGCGUGUGUGGUUUUCGUUUCGCCUACACGAGCGUUGGCUUUGCAGGUUGAGGCAGAGGUUACGGCACGUUUCAGCUCGAAAGCCUACCCCGCAGGUUCGAAGACCACCUUAUGCGGACACCUGUACGAAGAUCGUCUACGCGACUGGGACAAUUGCCAAGUCCUCAUCACCGUACCCUCCGCGUUCCAGGCCAUCCUGUCGUCCAAGCAGCAGCAACAUCGCGACUGGCAAAAAAAACUCAAGUACGUCAUCAUCGAUGAAGUCCACUGUAUCGGCGACGAGAAACUGGGAAAGGAUACUGAAAACUUGGUACAGCUGCUUCCCUGUCCGUUCAUGGCACUCUCCGCAACUGUGGGUAACGAAGACGACUUCGCGGGUUGGUUACAGCGCGCUCAAUCGUUCCCGAAUGCCAGACCCAUCAAAUUCAUUAAGUACAGUGAACGUUAUGCUGACCUAAAAACGUUGUACUAUUCCUCUGAGCAGCGCGCACUAUACAACCUAAACCCGAUUCUAUGUGUAAAUUAUGAGAGGGCCAAAAGCGGCACAUUGACUGGCGACUUCGCUAUGGUCCCCCCCGACUGUUUGCAAGUAUUCCGUGCAGCCUGUGAAGUUUUGUUAUCGAAAAAGGCGCAAGUCUCCACCGCCGAAAAAGAAGACAUAGACAUGUUCACCGAGUACUGGGAGCCGGAGAGGUAUUUCAAAGGCACGCAGGCAAUCACUAAAAAGCAGUAUGGUUACUAUGCAAAGUCAGUAGCAUUCACGCUCGAAAGUUAUACUCGUAAGGAGUUGCUGGAUCCGGAGAGCUACCAGAAGAUUUUAGACCUUAUUGGGCUAGAGAAGCCAUUGGGAUUAAACAAGCUGAAGCCGUGGUAUAAAGUGAAGGGAGAACAGGCGGCAGAGGAACCGCAACCUGGCAAAACGCUGGCGCAGGUCUUGGAAGGCGGUGCUGACGUGUAUAGCGGGUUCCAAAGUCCUGCAGAGUUCUUGCUACUCAUUCGCUCCUUGGAAAGUCGUCGCCUACUCCCAGCCUUAGUCUUCAAUUUCAACCGUGCUUUCGCGUCGCGACUGUUUUACCGUUUGGUACAGAAAUUGGUCAAUGACCAUCAUGAUAAGUACUAUGGUACGCCGGAGUUAGCGGCAAAGACUCGUGCGUUGAACAAACAGCGACAGGACGAGUACAAGGCCGAGUUGUCGAGACGGGAAGAAGUGGAGAAACUCAAGUCACUGAGUAAGCAACAAAGAGAGGAGCAAGGCAUCGACGAACAAAUGUUGGCCGAGUUAUCAGGUCCACCCCCACCACCACCUCUAGAUGUGGCGGAUGAGCACGACUCGGAAUUGUUCUUAUGCGAUCGACGCAUGUAUUUGAGUUACCAGGAAGAGUUCCGAGACAUUUUGAACUUCUGUAAAAUCGACCAUUAUGUCAAGUUGGGUCGUAUUUCACCCGUACUGGUGGAGGCAUUACGACGCGGUAUUGGUCUGUAUCAUGACGCUCUACACAGAGAGUAUCGUCGUGCAGUUGAAUAUCUAUUCCGAGCGCGGUAUUUGAGAGUGGUGGUGUCGGAUAUCGCGUUGUCCAUGGGUGUUAACAUGCCGUGCAAGUCCACCGUCUUUGCCGGUGACUCCUCGACUUUGACGCCGUUGCUCUUCAGACAGACCGCCGGACGUGCCGGUCGUCGCGGCUUCGACUCUCUUGGACAAGUCGUGUUCUGGGACUUCCCCUUCAAGAAGGUCCGGCGUGUUCUAUGCACCAAACUGCCCGUGCUCAGCGGCAACUUCCCCGUCCGCCCAAACAGUGUACUCAAGGCUGUCAAGCUCUCCAAAGUCACGGACGAUGAAAUCGUACUCAAUGGACUUAAUGCCAAACUCUCGGAAGGCCAGAUCGUCCAGGAAGUGGACAGAAACCGCACCAAGUUCAUCAAGCUACUUAAGGCCUCGCUCUUCGAACUCGGCUGGCCCCGGGCCAACCAGGAAGAGGAGAUGGAAGACGUCUACGGACUCACCUUCCGCUUCGCAAUCGAUCUGCUUAUUCGCUUGGGUCUACUCAACAACAAGGGCCUCGCGCUCCCCAUGUCCGUAAUAGUCGAAGCGCUGUUCAGCAGCGACGAGACUAGUCUAUUGAUUCCCUUUGCACUCAUGAGUGGCGCCCUAGCACCCGAGAACGUGGCCAAUAGUGCCACGGCAAACCUGCUACAGUUCAUCUCUAUGGCGGUCGAGAAACGUUCGUUCGGCUACAACAUUGUGCGCAGAUUCGAACUGGCGUACAACCCCGACUUGUACCAAAUUUUGUUCCCCUUCGCCGAACGAGUUAGCACACUCGGCAGCACCGGCUGGAGCCCGCUUCUCCCACCCAUGGCUGGUCCCCAAAUGUCUGUGCUACAAGAGUUCGACCGGCUAGUAUUGGAAAACGGCCGAGCGCGACUUCAAGCACUCACUCUGGCCAAACAGAAACGGCUAGCGCAAUUCGCAGGCCCUGACGGCCUGCAGGAAUGCUAUACCCCCUUGACGGAAACGGACUUCAACGGAGCCGUCACAGCCGGCGCCUUGAACAGCCACGGCCUGGCCAAAAAGAUGCUCCGAGAAACUCACACCACCGCCAUCCUUCAGUCGCCCUUCUUCGCUGGCCGCAGCGAUGACAACCUCACCACGCCAGAAAUGAUCUGCAGCAGAGUGCGGCCCGACGUCUACGCCGAACCCAGCUCCAUGCCGCUCAUGCUCAACACCCUCGCCGAGCUGCGCAACCCCCUCACAGGCGAGGAGGCCAGCCUCCCUCUCGUCAACUCCUACCUACCCGAGCUACUCGAACAUCGAAGCCUCCGACUGCUCAUCCAACACAACAAGGUCGGCGCCAGUGAAGCUUACUUCGUAGCACUCGCCGCCAACCAGUCGUUGCGGCACCUCAAGGCCGCACUCGACUCCAUCACCGAACCAACCAACGCUGACAUGGCAGACUACAGCAAGGAGCUGCGCGGCAUGGUUGCGGAAGUGUCAGAAGGACUGGCGGCAGUCGUGUCUCAUAUUCGAGCUUAA